AUAUCAAUAUAUACGCUGUUGUGGAAAAUUAAAAUGUUAGCAACAGGAAUUAUUCAGAAGUAAUGUAAUGGCCAAAAAUUUUAGAGCACUAACUCCAUGUUUAUAAAGAUCGAUUAUAAAAUUGAAACCAACGGUGUUUAAUGCAGAGCAACGUCGAUUUUCUCUGCCAUAUUCAUAACUUGUUCCUUGUUUAAAGAUAAAGGACGUGAAAGGUUGGUUUGGUUAUUCAUGGAAGAGACAGCACAACUAGUUUCCGUUGGAAUGAAGAGUCCUUUUGGUGUUCCUGAAAAGCCAGAAUUCAUUGUUGGGUUGGAUGUAACAUUGAGCAAGUUGAAGAUGGAGCUUCUCAAAGAAGGUGUGUCCAUCAUUCUGUUAACUGGUUUUGGAGGAUCGGGGAAAACCACUUUGGCCACCAAGCUCUGUUGGGAUGAACAAGUCAAGGGUAAGUUUAAGGAAAAUAUAUGUUUUGUGAGCUUCUCAAAAUGGCCAAAGUUGAAGAAUAUCGUAGAAAGAUUAUUUGAACAAUUAGAAUAUCAAGUGCCUGAGUUUGAAAGCGAUGAAGCUGCAAUUAAUGAAUUGGAACAUGUGCUAAUGAAAUUUGAGGGAAGCCCAAUGUUGGUGGUUUUGGACGAUGUUUGGGCUGGCUCAGAAGCCGUGGUGGAGAAAUUUAAAUUCCAUUGUUUAUCAGAUUAUAAAAUUUUGGUUACUUCAAGGUUUGCAUUUCCUACAUUUGGCACCUCGUCGUGUGUCUUAAAACCACUGCUUCACGAAGAUGCAAUCACCCUUUUCCGGCACUACGCUCUCUUGGACGGCAACAGAUUAAAUACACCUGACGAAGAUGUAGUCCAAAAGGUUGUGAGAAAUUGCAAGGGAUUACCGCUUGCCAUUAAAGUGAUUGGUAGGUCACUCCGCCAUCAACCUUAUGAAUUGUGGCAAAAGAUGGUGGAGGAAUUGUCACAAGGUCAUUCUUUACUUGAUUCCAACACUGAAUUGCUAACUUACCUUCAAAAGAUGUUAGAUGUCUUGGAAGAUAAUACAGUCAUCAAAGAGUGCUUCAUGGACUUAGGGUUAUUUCCUGAAGACCAAAGAAUUCCCGUCACUGCUCUCAUUGAUAUAUGGGCUGAGUUGUAUGGAGUAGACAAUGAUGGCAUAGAAGCAAUGGCCAUCAUCAACAAAUUAGACUCCAUGAAUCUGGUUAAUGUCAUAAUAGCAAGGAAAAAUACAAGUGACACGGAUAAUUACUACUACAAUAACCACUUCAUCGUCCUUCAUGAUCUUCUAAGAGAACUAGCAAUUCACCAAAGCACCCAGGAACCAAUUGAAGAGAGAAAAAGACUGAUUAUUGAUACAAAUGAAAAUAAAAGUGAAUGGUGGCAUGACGAGAAGCAACAAGGCAUUAUGACCCGCAUGUUGUCCAUUAUUUUCAGAUAUUGUGUUAAACAGAAACCCCUUCAGGUCCCUGCUCGUACAUUGUCCAUGUCAAUUGAUGAAACUUGCAAUUCAUAUUGGUCGUCACACAUGCAACCAGCUCAAGCCAAGGUUCUGAUUUUAAAUCUUCGAACUAAUCAGUACACCUUUCCAGAGUUCAUUGAGAAUAUGAGCAAACUCAAAGUUCUGAUUGUCACAAAUUACAAUUUCCAUCCUUCUGAGCUGACCAAUUUUGAGCUACUUGGCUCUUUAUCCAACCUGAAAAGAAUUAGACUAGAGAGGAUUUCUGUUCAUUCAUUUGUCACAUUGAAGAAUCUUAAAAAACUAUCCCUCUACAUGUGCACCAUGAGUCAUGAAAAUGGUAUCAUCCUAUUUUCAGAUGCAUUUCCAAAUCUAGUAGAUUUAAGCAUUGACUAUUGCAAAGACAUGGUGGGGUUGCCUAAUGGGGUGUGUGACAUUACCCCACUGAAGAAACUCAGUGUUACUAAUUGCCACAAGCUCUUGAAACUGCCCCAAGAAAUUGGAAAUAAGUUGGUGAAUUUGGAACUCCUAAGGCUCAAUUCUUGUACCGGUUUGGAAGGGAUGCCAGAUUCUAUCGGAGGGCUUUCAAAUCUAAGGCAUCUUGACAUCUCAAAUUGUAUUAGCCUUUCCAAUUUACCUGAGGACUUCGGAAAACUGUUUAAUCUAAGAAAUCUCUACAUGACAAGUUGUGCUAGGUGUGAAUUGCCAUCCUCAGUGAUCAAUCUUGUGAAUUUGAAGGUAGUGAUAUGCGAUGAAGAAACAGCUGCUUCAUGGGAAGGGUUUGAAGCUAUGCUUCCUAAUCUACUGAUAGAGGUGCCUCAAGUGGAUGUUAACUUAAACUGGCUCCAUUCAGUUAGCUCCUAACCUAAGCCUCUUUAUAAAGUAAUUCUAUAUGUUGGAUCAGUGGUCGUGUCACGUGUGUAAUCUUUUACUUUCUUCGAAAUAAUCAUAUGUAUUCUAAAUGUGAAUAAUGACCCUCCUCUAGUAGUAUUUACACGUUUCUUGUAAAUACUAAGUUGUUUGAAAGAUGUAGGAGAGAUUUCUUGCAUGUUGAGUGUGAUGUCAUGGGUGGGCAUACUGUGU